AUGCGGCCGCUGCUACCUAGUCGUGCGCAGGAGACAUGGAAGCCAGACUGGCAUACAGAAGAUCGAGAUCCAACUUUCUUCGAAGAACGAGAUCCGUCUGAACUGAAUCCAAAUAUUGGCAAAAUAUCAUGGUGGGGAAGCAUGCCAGCAUUGGAUUUGCUGAAACUGGAUGCAAAUGAAGGCCAGGAUCCAUCUCCCAACAUGCGUGUUCUUCUCAUAUCAUCACACGAUAUCCGAAACGUAGUCGAAACAAUCGCUCAUUUGCCAGAUACAUAUUCGGGGCAUUGUGAAAUGGUGAUGAGUGGCAUGCAACCUGGGAUGUUCGAACAGAAUAUCAUUCUUCUUUUGACGGCUUUCCAUUUUCCGCCAGAGGAGGCCGUCCCAAUCAUGAUUCACCUAUGGUAUUCAGCUUUGAUACCCGAGUCUUUUCUCACAGCACUUCGAGUCAAGCUCCUGCCAUUGAUUGAGGAAGUCUGCUCCGAAGCCGCACAGAAAUGUCGUCGUCGCAUUUUCAAACGAGUCUGGAAAAAGAACAAAGCAUCCUUACAUUUAAUGCUUCUGAGAGAUGAGUGGGAACGUCUUCGAAAUACUCUUCAGUAUCCUGAUCAUUUGCCUCACACCCAAGCUACCCGCAAUCGACAAGAGGUCACGUUGUCAGACAAGAGAGUAGAUGAACUCCAUAGGGUUCUGUACGCACAGCCUCGAUAUUGGCGUGUCGCCACGAUGAAGUUCCGCCGCGAUGGAAUAUUGUUGCCUUUUGGGUGCUCACGCAAAGAAUUUAAAACUCCUAACCCGGCGAUUUUCUGUGCUGGUCAUUCUUGGCCUAUGCCACACUCUGCAGAUCCGCGCAUCAGCUGGAGCCCCCUUGAUGUAUGCACUGGAUCGUACACUGCGAAUUAUCCUGCGAAGAAUGAUCUGUACGGUAGGCUAUUCAUCUACCUCCGAGAGACUCUCUUGGCUUUCUGUCGUCAACUUUCGCAGCAGGAUGUUAACAUUCGACUUCUUUCUAUCGAUCCACUGAGUCUACCGGGAUACAUCAAACGGCAACCCGGACAUUCAGGAUUUGACAGAAUUGAGACAUACAUAACUGCAGAAAAAGACGUGCUUGGGAUCGACGCCACCCUCGCCAUAUUUAGCCCACUCCUGAAGCCUAAGAUUCUAAACCCAAAGGCCAUGCUUCUUGUACUCUUUGUCUGUGACAUUGAAGAUAUGUGGAGUAGGGACACACUUGACCAGGACGUCGCUCGUGCUGCGAAAUACCUCCCGGAACCCGAGACAAGCGAUGAAAAUGACGCGGAUCAAAUGAGAAAUAAGAGGGCAAGCUCUUUUUUCUGCAAUGUCAGUAAAUUGUUCGAAUCUUACAAACGGUCCACAGGAUUUGACACACUCACAAGCAAAUAUGGGUUGAAGAUGAGGGGCAACAACACAAUCGUGGCCCAUUGGCCAUUGCGACCUGGAAAGAACGCCCCCCAGGAGGUGUUUGAUAUCCUCGAGGCAUCCGGCGCAUCUGGCUAUGAACGCUACGUCGAGUGGGAAUGGGCAUGA